UAGGACUUUCCGAGCAGAUGCUCUUCAUUAGAUUCAGAUCAAAAUUAUAAAUAACAACAAAUAAUACUUAUCUGAAUUAUUUGGGUGGUUUCUGAGAGAAAUAAUUUGUCAGUUUAUAUCUUACUGACAUCUGAUGAUAAGUUACGUGCUCUAAAGUGAAUAAAAGUAACACGAUAAUAUUAAAAGAAUGGAAGUUUGCUUUUUAUACCCUUUGAAAUCUUUGGCAAGAGUACAUUUAUCUGUAGCUCAUUGAAUAAGUAAUUUUUGGAGGUGCUGCAUCUGUGUCAGAUGCGAGUCGAGAUAUUGUGAGAUAAAUUUUCUCAAAUUCUGUGGCUUAAAAACAUUUUGAUUUAUCGGUCAUAUCCAAGGCGAACGAUCAAAAUGGAAAAUCGAUCGAUUGCUAUGUUGUUAAGUGCCCUCGCCGCAGCUUUGGCUGUGAUAUACUUUCAGUGGACAAAAAGAAGCGGCAUCGGAUCAACUUCGAAGAUGGUGGACCAAGAAGUUCUGGACAAACUUGAAGCCGGGUUUCAAAAACUCCAGGAAGCGAAAGGAUGCAAGUCUUUACUCAAGAAGCAUCUCACCCGCGAAAUUUUUGAUAAGUUGAAAACCAGAAAAACUUCGAUGGGUGCUUCUCUGCUCGAUGUCAUUCAAUCAGGAGUUGAAAAUUUGGAUAGUGGGGUAGGCGUUUAUGCACCGGAUGCAGAAGCUUACACUUUAUUUCGCGACCUUUUCAAUCCAAUCAUCGAAGAGUAUCACGUUGGAUUUGGACCAAGUGACAAACAUCCUCCGAAAGAUUUCGGGAACGUGAAUACCCUUGUCAAUGUUGAUCCCAAAGGCGAAUUCGUAAUUUCAACUAGAGUCAGAUGUGGACGCAGCUUAGAAGGAUAUCCUUUUAAUCCUUGUCUGACUGAACAGCAAUACCGAGAAAUGGAGGAAAAAGUCAGUAGCACCCUGUCGGGGAUGUCUGGGGAGCUGAAAGGAACUUACUAUCCACUCACGGGCAUGGACAAGGCGACGCAACAAAAACUCAUUGACGAUCAUUUCUUAUUCAAGGAAGGAGAUCGAUUUUUGCAGGCUGCUAACGCUUGCCGUUUCUGGCCUACAGGAAGAGGGAUUUUCCACAAUGAUAAUAAAACCUUCUUGGUGUGGGUAAAUGAGGAAGAUCAUCUAAGGAUUAUCUCGAUGCAAAAAGGUGGUGACCUCAAGCAAGUUUACUCAAGAUUAGUAGACGCUGUAAAUAACAUCGAAUCCCGACUUCCUUUCUCUCAUGAUGACAGAUUAGGAUUUUUGACUUUCUGCCCCACCAAUCUGGGAACAACUAUUCGAGCCUCUGUUCAUAUUAAGUUGCCGAAGCUGGCGAAGAAUAGAGACCAGCUUGAAGCAAUAGCUUCGCGAUACAAUCUUCAGGUUCGAGGUACUCGAGGAGAGCACACUGAAAGUGAGGGUGGUGUAUAUGAUAUUUCCAACAAACGACGCAUGGGAUUAACAGAAUACGAUGCUGUGAAAGAGAUGCAAGAUGGGAUCCUUGAAUUAAUCAAAAUGGAAAAAGCUGCUUAAAUAAAUCUUGGAUAUUAUAGAAAUCCACUUAAUGAUAUUUGCUUCUAAGCUUUAAAGCUUACUUUUUAGCACGAAACGCCCUUAAGUUCAUAUUCCAAAUAUCCAUUCAUCUAGAAGAAGCAACCAAGAAACAAUAAACAAAGCUGUAAAAUUUUAUUUCUUAGCUGAUUAUGAUUAUCUUUUAAUUUGAUUAAAAUGAUAAGUACAAACACGAAUUUUGUCAUUCUUAUUUAUGUAAUAUUAAAUAAAUGGUAUAUGGUUUUGAUUAAUGAA